AUGUCUUCCGCUCCCACAAAGAAAGAGUUCCUCUGCAUCCUCCCCGACAAGCCGGGCAUGCAGGCCAAGCGUCUCGAGGUUCGGCUCCUAACGUUGAGUCUGGUUUCAUCGUUGCUGGCGCCCGGGAUAGGUGCCAUGCUCGAGGCUCAUCCGGCUGAUGGCGAGACUCCUUCUUUUAAGGGUAGCAUGUUGCUCGCCCUUGCGGAGAGCGAGGCUGAGGUUCGCGCCUUGCUGGAGAAGGAUGUCUAUGUUUCUAACGGUGUGUGGGAUAUGGAGAAGGCUCAAAUCAUUCCGUUUAAGUCUGCUGUGCGUGAACAGCUCAAGCUGUAA